AUGACCAUGAUCCCCUUCCUCGGGGACAUCCCGACUUCGGUAGCGUACGCGAUAUCACCAUUCCUGCUCGUCGCAUCGAUACUGGUAUUCACUCGUUUGGUUACCACAUGGAACUACUACGCCUCUCUCCGCAACUUCAAUGAAUCGCCCCAUGGCGGACAAAAGAUUGUGUCUCCACCACAAAUACCAUACUGGCUACCAUGGCUAGGCAAUACGAUAUCAUUCCUCCAGCCUUCUCCAGGAAAGUUCUGGUCCCAACUAUUCAGCUGGCAUCCACGAUCCACAGGCAUCUGCACCAUACUCAUAGGAGGAAGACCCACCCAUAUCGUCUUCUCUUCCGCGGCAGUCCAGGCCAUGUUCAAAGCACGAUCACCUUCGCGAGAUGUCUUCGAGCGUGAGCUCUUCUCCGAAGUCUUCGAGAUGCCAAUGGAACAGAUCAGGAAUGCUGAGGCUGGUAAACAUAUGGAGCACGAGAUGAACUCGAAGUACCUUACGAACUUUGACCGGGUCAACGAGCUCACCUCGCACUUCACGAGAGUACUUGAACAGGUUCUGGACAGAGACGCAGAAGAGAUGGUCAAGCUGCCAGAAAUAGGACUCUACGAUUGGCUACGAGACCGCAUGUUCACGGCAUCAUGCACGGCGCUGCUCGGCGAGAAACUGUUGGAGAUGUACCCAACAUUCUGCGAAGACUUCUACGGUUUCGACUCUGACUUCUUGAGCUUCUUCUUCAAGUUUCCAAAAUUCGUGAUGAAAGAGGCCAUCGAAAGACGGAACCGCAUGUUCACCGAACUGGAGGAAUGGAGCGGAGAAAUGCAUCGCUUGAGUGGCGGUACGCCGGUAGAUCCAGAGGGUCCAGUAUGGGAGCCCUAUUUCGGCAGCAGACUUAACAGAGCACGGCAGCUGGACUACAAGAAUCGCAAGCUCAAUGCUAAGUCUGGAGCAAGACUUGAUGCAGGCAUCACCUUCGGCCUGUCCAGCAAUGUAAUACCAGCCACUGGCUGGAUGCUAUUCCAUCUGUUAGAUCCACGAGGACCAAAGGAUAUUGUGCCUCGUGUCUUAGCUGAGAUCAACAAGGCGCAAAAGGAGGAUGGAACUCUGGACAUCGCAACACUGAUGACCCAACCACUGCUACAAAGCAUCUGGACCGAGAUCUUGCGCCUUUACACAGACGUCCUCGUAACACGAAACCUGUCCGAAGACCUCGUCCUCCCACUCGACGAAGACGGCAAGCGUCUAGUCCAGCUCCGCAAAGGCGAUAACCUCUUCGCACCUUCAUUCCUCGGCCACCACGACCCCAAUGCCUGGUCAACGGGCGAGAAGCCGUUUGAUCAAUUCGAUGCCAAGCGAUUCCUGGCUACGAAUCUCAAAACUGGCGAGCAGACUUUCAGCACGAGUCGCACAGCUGGCAAGUUCUUUCCAUUCGGUGGGGGAACGACCAUCUGUCCUGGCCGUCUCUUUGCCAAGCAGGAAGCUUUGGGGGCGUUGGCGAUGAUACUGUUACGAUUCGAGUUUGAUGUGAAAGGGUUCACGGAUGGGGAGAAGAAGCAUACCAAAGACUUUCCGUCUUACUCGAGGGCGUAUCCUGGAAGCGGCGCUAUUUCACCAGGUGGUGAUAUGAGGGGUGUGACCCGUGGUAUCGCGAUCGGAAUUGGAACCCCAACACAAGUCUUCGCGAUGCGACCUUACACCGCUCUGAACAAUAUCCGCGUCAACAAUGUCGCAGAUGGCAUCUCCACUUCCAACACUGCCUGCGUCGGUAGUCUCGGCGGCGUCUUCGAUCAGUCACAUUCUUCCACUUAUACUGUUGCUGUCAAGGGUGCUUGGAAUGGCAGUCAAGUCGAGAACGAAGACAAGGACGGCGCAUAUAUCUACUUCAACGACCGCGUCACGUUCGAAAGGAGGGGCUACGCCCUACCUCCUCCUCAGGCGCACGCGGGCUCAGACCCACCCCUUUCCUAA